AUGCUCCACUCCCCGCUCAAAACCGCGCUGGCCUACGAGUGCUUCCAGGAGCAGGCCAGCUCCACGCUGGCCCUGCCCUCGGACCACAAGCUGAAAACCAAGGGCACGGGCAAGCAGCGGGUCCAGGAGCAGGUGAUGAUGACGGUCAAGAGGCAGAAGCAAAAGUCGUCGGUGUCGUCGAGCGUGGGCCACUCUAACCGAGGUUCCAUGUAUGAUGGUUUAGCUGAUGGUUAUGGCUACGGGACAUCCCGGGGCAGCUACUACACCAAAACCCAGACAGGGAACAGCAGCUGGGGAUACCCGCUCUACAACGGGACCCUGAAGCGGGACGCGGAGAGCCGGCGCUACAGCUCCUACAGCCAGAUGGAGGGCUGGGCCAGCCGGGCCCACGGCAGGGCCCCGUGCAGCCCCCGCGCCGGCAGCGAUUACUGCUUCGUGCAGAACAUCAAGAGCAGCCGCAGCGAGCCCGACCUCUACUGCGAGCCGCCCCGCGGGACCCUGCGCAAGGCCCACGGCGGGAGGGAGCACAAGGCCACCCUCAACCGCCAGAGCAUCUACAGCAGCUGCAGCACCCAGCAGGGAACCAGCAGGACCAGUAAAAAAAUGCCAGCGAGGGCCCUGUCCUGCCCCUCCAGCAACAAGGCCGACGUGGUGUAUGCCCAGCCCGUGAUGAGCUGCAAGCAGGACGGGCUCUAUGGACAGCCCCAGUCCAGCUCCAAGAUCUGUGGUGAUGAGAUUGAUGCUGGCACCAUGACCAUCCAGAAGGCCAUCCAGCUCCUGUGCUCCUCUGAUGACAAGUACCAGGCCAUGGGGGCGUACUACCUGCAGCACACCUGCUUCCAGGAUGAGUCUGCCAAGCAAGAGGUCUAUCGGCUGGGGGGCAUUGCCAAGCUCGUGGAGCUGCUCCGCAGCCAGAACCAGAACGUGCAGCGGGCGGCAGCCGGAGCCCUCCGGAACCUGGUGUUCAAGAACCCCACCAACAAGAUGGAAACCCGGCGGCAGAACGGGAUCAGGGAGUGUGUGAGCCUCCUCCGCAGGACAGGCAACACUGAAAUUCAGAAACAGCUCACAGGACUGCUCUGGAACCUCUCCUCCACUGAUGAGCUAAAAGAAGAGCUGAUACAGGAGGCUCUGCCCGUGCUGACAGACUGUGUUAUCAUCCCUUUCUCGGGCUGGUCUGAUGGCAGCUGCAACAGGACACGAGAAAUUAUUGACCCAGAAGUGUUCUUCAAUGCCACAGGGUGUUUGAGGAACCUGAGCUCUGCAGACAUGGGGCGCCAGACCAUGAGGAAUUACCCCGGCCUGAUCGACUCUGUCAUGACUUACGCCCAGAACUGUGUGGCCUCCAACCGCCCUGAUGACAAGUCUGUGGAGAACUGCAUCUGCAUCCUGCACAAUCUCUCCUACCGCCUGGAUGCUGAGGUUCCCAACAAAUACACCCAGCUCAACCACAUGGCCCGGAGUGUUUACAUGGACAAAACUCUGACGGGCUGUUUCAACAGCAGGAGUGGCAAAAUGGAGAAUGAUGAGUAUGGGGUCCCUCUUCCCGAGGAGGAUUUCAAGCCCAAAGGCCCCAGCUGGCUGUACCACUCAGAUGCCAUCCGCACCUACCUGUCCCUGAUGGAUCAGAGCAAGAAGGAUGCCACCCUGGAGGCUUGUGCUGGAGCUCUGCAGAACCUCACUGCGAGCCGAGGGCUGAUGUCCAAUGCCAUGAGCCAGUUGAUUGGGAUGAAGGAGAAGGGGCUGCCCCGCAUCGCUCGGCUGCUCCAGUCCAACAGCUCCGAGGUCGUGCGGUCUGGGGCCUCUCUGCUGAGCAACAUGUCCAGGCAUCCUGUGCUCCACAAAACCAUGGCUCACCAGGUGCUCCCAGAUGUGUCCCGUCUCCUGUCGUUCCAGUCUGGAAACACCAGCAGCUAUGGAGAGAUCAUGACUUCAGCUUGUUACACUCUGAGGAACCUCAUCAUGUCCAACCCCCACCUGGGAAAGUCUUACCUGUCCAGCAACUUGCUAAAUAAUGUAGUGAGCCUGUGCCGGAAUGGCUCCUGUCCAAAGGCUGCUGAAGCUGCUCGACUUCUCCUGACAGACCUUUGGUCCAACAGGGAGCUCCAGAGCGUGCUCAAGCAGCAAGGCUUUGAUAAGAACAUGAUGGGAUCUUUAGCUGGAACAACCUUCAGGACUCUGUCCUCCAGAUUUUAGAGCCUCACCAUGCACAUUCAGGCUGCAGAAUUUGGAGUUAGUUCAUGUCCAGGAAGAACAACACUUCCAUGAUUCCUUUAGGAUGUUAAAGAUGUAGAGAGUUUCUGAGUUCAACUCAACUGUAAAGCAAACCAAACACGUGGAUUUCAUGUGGAUGACACUGAUAUUUUUAAGCAUUUUCUUCUUUUUAGGGGGGAGAAGGGACUUUUAUAUACUUUCUCGAUGUCAAUAAUUAUUUUUUUGCCAAGAGUGUGUCUGUGUAACUCUGGGUGUGAUGUUGAGGUGUGUGCAGGCAGCACACACAGAGCACACGUGGGGAGCAGGAUCUUCCUCCAGCUUGGUCCCCUGUUUCCCACCCAAAGUCAGGGUGACUGUGCAGUUUAACCCCUUGCAGGGUUUUAUUCCAACUCCACCCUAUCCAUGCACCAAUCACUGCCAUGCUAAAAAAUUGUCACAACAUGGUUUUAUUGACAAACAAAAAAUGUCAAUUUUAGGUGGAGUUUCCCCUUUGCAUCUGUCCAUUAUUAAUAGAUACAC